CUCUCUCUCUCUCUCUCUCUCUCUCUCUCUCUCCAUCGCCCUUCCAACAACAACGACAAUGACGAUUUUGUCUGUAGAUAACACAACAUAUAAACUUUUUUUUUAUUUUUACGUUUGAUUCCGCCUUCAGUGUGUGUGUGUGUGAGAGAGUCACACAAGUGCAUCGUCCUGUAAUAUAAUGUGUAGGAGUAUAAAUAAGGGCGUUUCCUUGCAAAUCGGGUGUUCUUUAAUCUCCAACUUCCUUUUUUCCAUACACGGCAACACAAUGGCAAGCAAUGUCCCCAUCAUUAAGCUUAACAGCGGUUAUGACUUUCCAGCUAUAGGCUAUGGUACCUUUGGCGGUCCACAUGCUCCCGAACAGGUGUAUCACGGAACAAAGCACGCUUUGGAAGCGGGCUAUCGUCAUAUCGAUACGGCCUAUGUCUAUGAAACCGAAGAAGCUGUUGGCAAAGCUGUCCGCGAAAGCGGAAUUGACCGCAAGGAUAUAUUUAUCACCACCAAGCUUUUCCAAACGUUCCAUGAGCCCAAACACGUCCGGCCCGCUUUUGAUAUUUCGCUCAAGUUGCUAGGCGUCGAGUACGUGGAUCUGUAUCUCAUGCACUGGCCUUUUGCUUGGGAAUUCCAUGGUUAUUCCUUUGACGAUAUAAAGGGCCACAAGGAUGAAAACGGCCAUCGAAAGAGAAUCGAUGUGUCGAUCGUAGAUACUUAUCGUGCCAUGGAGGAAUUGGUCAAGGCUGGUGUUGUCAAGAGCAUCGGUGUUUCAAACUUUACCAUUCCCAUGCUAGAGCAAAUCUUAAAAGAGUGUGACAUCCCUCCUGCCGUGAACCAGGUCGAGAUCCAUCCUAGUCUUCCACAAGAAGAAUUAUUGGCGUGGUGCAAGGAGCACAACAUCGUUUUGACAGCCUACUCGCCUCUUGGUAACCCCGGCCAUCGUGGCCAACCUGCCAUGAUGGAUCAUCCUGCUGUCUUGAGCGCAGCCAAGAAAUACAAUGUGUCGCCAGUUCAAGUUUUGCUCAACUGGGGCGUUUCGCGUGGCUAUACAGUGAUUCCCAAAUCCGUCACUCCUGAACGUAUCAAGGCUAACCUUGCUCGCAUCGAGAUGGAUAAGGAUGAUAUCGAAGCGAUUGCCAGCAUUGGUCGUGAGCAUCCUCAUCGCAUUUGUGAUCCUAUAAAGAUUUUCGGUCCAGCGUUUAACAUCUUUGAUUAACGCUGUUACAAAGUGAUACGGCUUCUUUUCGAGAUAAAGAGGCCCUUCAUCAUCAGUUUUACAGCUUGUAUUGUCAUAUCCACUCUUCCUAUAAAGUUGCGCAUCUCUAAUUUGAAAAAUUGUGUUUUCCCUCUAUAUAAGAAAGGCCUUCUUGAUGGUUCAAGUACUUUGUACUGCCAUAGUAUUGUUUGUAAAAUACAGGAUAAUAGACCGAGAAAUUCUGUAUCAAAUAUUCCUUUGUUAUUAUCAUUAUCACAGUACUAUUAUUUAUAAUGAGCGAUAUUUCAAAUAAUUGUUUAAAAUACGGCUAUUGCAACGACAGGAGCAUCAUCAAGGCAAAAGCAACUUGCGGAA